AUGCAUGUACUGCGCACCUCGGUGCUGUGCCAAUGUUACAUCAAAGGGCCAGCAGAAGAAGAAAACCUGGGCGUCGAUAUUAGUGGAGGGGGUGUGUGCGACAUUCCCGCGAUAGACUUGCAUGGCCACCAGUCAGCUGUCGUUAGUAACGGCCUAUUCCCACGUUCAUCACUCGUACCCCAUGUCAAAGUCGCAGGUCGUCACGGCUUCGGUGCCCGCGCCGGAAAGGAAUCUGGCCGUCAGCUGGGGAGAAUGCAUUCCACUGCCCGAGCUAGCAGAAGCAGCAGAAGCAGCGGCAGCCAGAAGCAGCCAGAAGCAGCAUCAACGUUGCUCGACUUGCUGUUGCUGGUUGGCUCCUGA